CCAAUUGAUUUUCCCUCUUCGAGAUUGUUUCCUAUCUCCACACACUUCUCACUUUACUUGCAUAUUCUUUGUGGCUAAUAGUAAUAAUUUCCUCCUUAGGCAUGAGUUCAAUUAUACUCCACGUAGCUUAAAUGUUAAAUUCUUCGUUUUUACUCUUCAUGUUGACCUUUGCUUACGAUUCGAAACUUUUUUUUCAUCUUUUAAAUGAUUCAUUCCUAUAUUGAUUACCUUGAAUAUUUCCCAGUAAAUUAUCAAUUGUGUGGUUAUAUAUUUCAUUUUGUAAUUAAGUGCAAAUAAUUAAAAUAUGUCGAGGUUAAACAAUUUAUAAAUUCAAAAUUCAUGUAUAAAUAGUAGUAGUAUAUUAUUUGCCACAAUGAAGCCAAUUCAAUUUAUAAUGUCUUGUAUUUUGAAGUUGAAACAGCCUUACUUCAUACAUUGUCUUGUACUUAUUGGGACAUAACAAAAUUAAAUUUUGUCAAUGAUUCCUACCUUAAAGUUGGGAUCUGAGACAGAAUCAUUUUCUGUGAGAUUUGUGGAUAAUGGAUGAUUUCCUGAAUAUAUAAGGACAUUAACUAGGGAUAAAAUAAAGUGAGAUACAUAGAUUAGAAUUGAGACUGAUGGGUUUCGUAUUUUUGUGAGUGGCAACCGACUAAAGCACCCAAGUAUUAUUAGGUGUAUAUAAAGUUAAUUAGAUUGUGGAAGUGGGCAUCUUGACAGAUAUAUAUGUGCCAAAUGCUGUCACAUAUUUGUGUUUUGAUUUAUGUUUCAGUGGUGUGUGUAUUAUGCAUAUGCCCCAUUUCAAAAACAUGUCUUCCCCUUCACAUUGCUUAAGACCCCACCCCAAACCUCCCCACCUAUCAACUCUUUUGGUAUACUGUAUUUUAUGUCGUAUUUGCCACACUUCCAUUUAAAAACCCAACUUAAAACAAGUGUUUAUAACUGCAAACCAUCCCGGGUUGGAGAAUUAGGAAAUGUGCAAGCAAUAUAUAAGUCCAACCCAUUCUCGAUUGUAAGGGCUUAGCUCAAAGCGGACGAAUAUCAUACUAAUGUGGAGUUCAAAUAUACAUGGACGAACCAUCACUCGUCCCUUUCUAAAUCUCUUUUGCUUUAUAUAUCAUUAUCCCCUCUCAAAUUACACAAUUCAUCUUAUUGUAGACAUCAAUUUGCUUUUCACCAAAAGCCACCCCCUCUCUCUCUCUCACUCUCAAUAUUUUAUAUAACUCCAUUCCAUCUUUGAAGAUGCUUGCAAAAGUCUUGUAACUUAUUUUGAAAUUCGACUUCACUUCAUUGACUAUGUUACAUAUAGUAGGAGUAAUAGUCAAAGAAACAAUCAAACUUCCAUGCAAGCAGUCCAGUUGGACUUAAUUCUACCCAUGUUCAAAUUUCCUGUGUUUUGACCGUUUUUUGAGGCGUUUAAUGCUUUUUAUUUCACUUUCAAUAAACCCAACUGCUAAACAUAUCAUUUCUCAUAUAUUUUGAUAUCCGAAUUUAUUUAGAAAAAAAAGCAAAGAAAAAUGGCGAUUGAAGUCUUCCCGGAUAGCCCAAGCGCGACCGGCAUCAGCCCACGCAUCUCAUUCUCCCACGAUCUCUCCCAAUCCGACGUCGUUCCGAUCGAGCAGUACAUUCGCUCCGCCGCCUCCUCCACCUCCAUCGAUUUCGACUUCUGCGUCUUCCGCGAGAGCUUCGACCACGAAUCCUCCUCCGCCGACGAGCUCUUCUUCGACGGCAAAAUCCUCCCCAUCCAAAUCAAAAAACGCCUCGCUCCGGCGCCGCCGCCGUUUUCCCCAUCGCCGCCUGCUCCUCUCCCCCCGCCUCCGCCGCCGCCGCUGAAAUCUAAGCAGGCGGAAUCGGAAGAGAAGCAGAAGUCGUUCUGGCGAUUCAAGCGCAGCUCCAGCCUAAACUGCGGCAGCGGCAGUUACGGCCGGACGCUCUGCCCGCUGCCGCUCCUCUCGAGGAGCAAUUCCACCGGAUCCACCGCCAGCGGCAAGCGAUCGUCAAUUUCGAAGCAAAAUCUGCUCAAAAGCAAUUCAUCGCAGAAGCAGCAGCCGCCGCCGAUGUCUGGCUAUUCCUCGAAGCCGCCGUUGAAGAAGAACGGCCAAUUCUCUCAUAAAUUCAGUCCGGUGCUGAACGUUCCUCCGGCGACUAUCUUCGGCCUCGGCUCCAUAUUUUCCGGCGGCGGCAAGGAUCGGAUCAGGAAGAAGUAUUAAUUGAUUUUUAAUAAUUUAAUCAAUUCCUGUUAAUUUCGUUUCUUCUUCCGUCAUUUUCUUAUUGUAUUAGACGGUGAUUAAUUAAAAUUAAGAUCGUAAUUAAUGCA